GAAGUCGCGGGUCAAACAGUUGCGGCUACUCCCGACGCCGACCCUACUUCACCUCCACCAUUGGGUCGCGAAUCUGGCACCACAUUACAGCCAACACCACGCACAAUGCAGCCUAUUAAACGGACGGCUGUACGCUCUGUGCGGCAGCAAUUGCGCGCGCGCACAACUCAGCAAGGACAACGUCGCUUCGCUGGCGACCAUCACGGACCGGAGCUCGUGUCUGAAGGACAAGCUGCCCACGACAAGCACCCCCCGAGCCACAACGAGUCCUUUGGCGCGGGCUUCUUCAUCGCUCUCGCAGCGCUACCAGUGUCAUUGGCACUCUAUAAGCUCACGGCGCAAGGCAGUAGCGAGCAGCCAUACUUUACACGAUUGAUCCGGGACACAUACGCAGACUACGCUGUGAAAUGGGCCCAGCGCAAUGAUCUUCACACGCAAGCUAUGCAGCAAGCAGCAUCCGACCGAGCACUAUUCCUCAACGAGCCAAACCAGCAGGCCAGGACAGUGGAUUUGAAGUAUCCUGAAAUCGUGAACGCGAGUUCGCCAUGGAAUGUGCGCGCUGGCCAUGGCAGUGCGAAUCUAGAUGAGCUGAUUGCGAAAUAUGAGAAAGAAGCAGUGGAGGAGAAUGAGAGGAAACUCCAGCAAUUGAAGGAAAACAAAGUCCCUGUCGAACAACCAGUGGUCUAUUUCAGGUAGUUGGACGCUACUUCUGCUACGACACCAGCCAGUCCGGUAUGAGUGAUUUCUUCUGUGCCACUGUAUAUAGUGUACCGAAUAUCGCUGCUGCACUGCCUACCGCAUGACGCAGCUUCAGCGUUGAAGGAGCAUCGCUCUGUCCAUCUCAUUUCAGAGCCUAUCCCGGCAACCGGGCCAUUG